CUUUCGAGUUUCCUGAAAUGGAGAUACAACGGUCUUACGUGUGGAGUACUGAACUAAUCUGGACAUGCAUGUAUAGAAUAACGGUGAAGCUGUUAAACAUAUGUUAAAACGACGGUAGUUUUAGAUUGCUUUCGACUUUUUUUGUUGAAAGGAUCCAUACUGAAAAAUUUGGACAAAUCUCCUAUAGACUCGAUUUUCUUGAAAUGAUCUUCCCAUCCGAACACAUCAACAUCAAUCCAAAACUAUCAUAGUUUUAUUCGGCGUUCGUCAUUAUGUUUAUAAUGAAAAAAAAAUUGUUUUUUUUCAUUAUAGUCAAUUAUAUUAUCUUCACUUAAUCUAACAAUUUCUAUUCAUAAUGUCAAUGAUAAUAAUCCAGAAUUUUUAAGUAAAAAUUUAACAACAAUUCUUUAUUUAUCUUAUCCAUCAUUAAAUACAAUUAUUCAUACAAUUGAAAUAAUUAAUAAAGAUCAAUUAAAUUUAAAUAUUGAAAUUCUUAAUGAUACAUAUUCAUCAUAUAAACUUCAAACAUCAUUAAAUAUUACUGAACUUAUUCUAAUUGAUUCAAUUAGUAUUGAUCGUGAUGAUAAUCUUAUUAUUCGUUUAUGGAAUAAUAAUAAUAAUAAUAAUAAAUCUUAUUAUAUGGAUUUAUAUAUUCGUUUAAUAUAUGUUCAACAUUCAAUUGAUUAUCCAAUAAUAAUUCCUCAAACAAUUGAUGGUUAUAUAAAUCUUGAAGAAAAUAUUUCUUUAAUUAAUUUUGGUCAAUUAUUUAUACAAAAUCAAUCGGAUUAUAAAUUUAUUUAUUUUAAUUUAAAAUUACAUGAACAUUUUUAUCUUAAACAAUUAUCAAAUCAACAUAUUGAACUUUAUUAUAAUUCAUCAUUACAAAAAUAUUCUCAACAACAACAAAAAUAUCGUUUAUUACAAUAUCAAAUUGAAUUAAAUGUUAUUGCUAUAAAUCAAUCUAUACCAGAAAUUGAUUAUUCUCAUAAUACAAUAAUUCAUUUUACAAAAAAUACUUAUUCAUUAU